AAUGUAAAAGAUUUCUAUACUGUAUGUUCUCAUAAUACCUGGUGUAGACUGGCAAGAUGGGUGGCACGUGCGAUGAACACAAGAUCUUAACUUUGUACCAAGCUGUAAAGCAACAUGAACCUGUGCAGAUGUUGGAAGACAUGCGGAACAUGGAGAUAUUUCACUGGGAAGAAUGCAGCCACCAACGGACAUACACUCCAUCUGAGGCACUGAUGUAUGCCAUCGUGCACGACCACAGAGAUUACGCACAAUACUUGCUGAAUGAGUUCUCAGAUGGUGCUUUUGCCACACCAGGUGAGCAUGCCUGCUGCAGUCAUUCAUCUGCUCCACACUUGGCCUUGGCUGUCCACUACAACAGGAAGGAAAUUAUGGCUCUCAUUCUUCAAGAGACUUCUUGGUCCUACAUGAACCGAGGAGAAUGCGAACAUGUGGACGAGGGCAGAACUCCACUCCAUCUGGCAUGUGAGCUGUUACAUCCAGAUGUUGUCAUAAUGUUACUGGGAAGUGGGGCUUCACAAGUUGAGAAUAAAGAUGGUAUGACACCGCUGGAUCUCAUUCUCGAACAGCUACAGGCCUCCAAAGAGAACACACGUGCCAAGAUGUUAUGCCUGGAAAGGAUGCUCAUGUUCAUGCCUGAACUGCAGUUCAAAAUGAAGAGCUCACUGAAAAAUGAUCCAGAGUACUGGUCCAAUGUUCUGGGAGAGGAGACGUUUAACUACCUGGUUGGAAGAAUUCCAGGGACACUCUUUCUCUUAGCUAUGAAAAGAACUCUGACUCAACUACCUUCUCGUGAAUUUUUCAAAAGUCUGGACGAACUGCCCAUUCCAGCUUUUCUGAAACCCUUCCCACUGCAACCCUUAAUGCAGUCCUAACAGUGGAACUUUUACUGAAAACUACCUUUGUUUUUAUUAUCAUUUUUAUUGAAUUUAUAUCUGAGUGACUGGCAUAAAUUUGUAAUGUAAAUUCAUGUGCAUGUGACUUUUAUUGUCUUUUAAAUCAAUUUAAACAGUCUAAAGUUAAAAGACUAAUCCUGAUUUGAAGUUUUUCUUUAAGUUUGUCUUUUUUGCUACACUUUCUACUAAAAGAGAUGAUGAUGGUGAUGAUGAUGAUGAUUAUUAUUAUUAUUAUAUGAAAAUCUGGGUACCAACAAUAUUUAAUAUGCAAGUCUGUUUUUUCGGUGUCCAUCUGUCCAACCAUGAUUUAAGUGUAACUAUUAUUAUGUCAAGACUUUUACAUUAUUGUGGUCAAAAUAAUAAUAACUAAAUAAUCCAUUGUAAAUCUCCAUUCCACCAUCUCCUAGGGUAGUGGUCCCCAACCACCGGGCCACGGACCAGUGCCCGUCCAUGAGCCAUUGGGUCCCAGCCUGCACAGAAAGUAUAAUUCUUAAAAUAAUUAUAUCUAGCCAGUUGUAAUUCUCAUCUUGUUGAGAAAGGUCAAGCUGGACUGACAGGAAGGCUACAGUGUCUCAAAUAACCAUACUUUGCAACUGUAGUGUCUCAGCAUUUAACACACAGAACCCUGAGGCAGAUGGGCACCAAGCAGGUUCUAGUACUGUCAGCUAGUAACAGAUAUCUGAGAGUCCAGGUGAAACAGGAUCACCAAAGCAUCACCAAAAUGGAAGUUUUGAAAAUUUGAAAGAUAAAACUAUCCAGUGCUGGAGAACACAUGCUCAGUCUACCAAAUGUGCUGUUAAAGCCCAGUCACUUUAAGGUUUGACUACUGCUCAGUCGAUUUGUUUUUGGUCAAAUAAUCCAACAAUCAGAAGGUGUUUCUAUAAAAGUGGCUGGAGACUGUAUAGGUUGAAAGUCCUGCUGACCACUUUGCCUGAGCUUAAUUCAGUUUUCAAACAGUAAACAGUACAGUUUCAGCCUAUGGCAGUUCAGUUCAAGCCGUUUCAUAGGUUUGCCACGCUGGGCUUCCAAGCGAGUCAAAAAUGAAUACUAGUCCACUUGCAAAAGCACACAGGAUGCUCUCACUGACUCUUAUGGACAAACAUUACAGAAAAAUUAGGUGCUCAUUAAUUAGUUUACCUGAAUGUUUGAACAGUAAAUUUAAAUUGCGUGGUGACUCUGUAACUGUAAUGUAAUCAGUUCUGAGCUCAUGGUUUUGUGCAGCUUAGUGAGACUAUAAGGUUUCUAAAUUACUCAAUGACCUACGGGUCAAAUGAUGACAUUGGGAAAAUGUCGCCAUCUGGUGUCAAAAUGUCGCCAAACUGAGUAAAGUGUACACACACAUACCCCUAAUAUCUCAUGAACGUGGACAAAACUUUUUUUUUAUGUCAGAAAACCAAUUUUAUCAACAGAAAACAAAAGGAUUAAAAAAAAAAAAAUACAAAUGAAUUCAUCCAUAAUCAAAUGUUUUCUCAACAUCCUGCUGAGUUCAGGACAGAUCUGCAAUGUCUUUGUGAGCAUGUGCAUACUGAGAGACUCAGGGAGAGCAUCUGCAACAGUGCAGGUAAUCAACAAAUAAACAUAGAAACUACAAAAAA